GGGAAUUCCCGAGCGCUGCCCGAGCUUUGGCAACUUCAUUUUAAUGCCCAACUUAUUUGUAGUGAAAGUCUGGGGAAUCUUUCAUCAUUGCUAUUUGCAUGAGCAAUAUCACAAGUCCAAUUCAAUAUCAGGAAAAAGGAGUGCAAAGUCAAGACUAAGCUGUGAGGAUGGCUGCAGGUGGCAGGGGAAAAUCUGCAUUUCUUUCUGAUGACGUUAAAAUAUAUGAGCUUUCCGAAACCAUUGAUGCUCCUCGCAACUAUAAAAAGAUUGGUAUGGACUUACUCGAUUCUGAUGCUGACGUUUCGAGCAUUAUUGGACAGACGUCGGUUGACUACGAAAAUGUGGUUUUCAAUUGUUUGAUUCAUUGGAGAAAUGCCAAUGGAGUUGGAGAUGGACAGUGCAGGGAAUUAGUUAUGAUUCUAAAAGAGUGUGGAUUGACAGAUGCAGCAAGCUGGUUACAAGAGGAACAAGGAGAAACAUCAAAGUGUCUGAGUAAAGAUGGAGUUUUGCUUGAAGUAUCCUCUAUGAUCGAUGGUCCGGAGUACUAUAGCAAACUGGGUCUAAUACUCGUGGGGGAUAAAACCACUCUUUCAAACAUGAUUGGCGGCAGUAGAACACCGAACUACAAAGAAGCCCUCUUCAAAUGCUUUAUCCAGUGGAGGAAUAGAGAAGGAUCAAGUCUGGAAUCAUCCAGGAAACUUCGAAAGAUCCUCCACAAACGGAAGCUGAGCACCACUGUAACCCUGUUAGAAAAACUAGAGCCAGGCCUGAUCUGUAAGAGAGAUGAAGAUUCAAGGCGAAUGGAUACCUGCAGGGAACCGGAGGCAGGACUCCAUAUGGGAGGAGCCAAAUGAAGAUUUCAAUGUCAUUCAGGGCAGCAGUAGCUGGUAGAGACUAAUAUUUUACUAUGUCAUGUAUUUUUCCUGCAUGUGUAUGAAAAUAUUUUUUAGCAGUGCCUUUUGAUGACGAUGAUGAUGAUGAUGGUGAUAAUGAUAGUGAUGAUCCUGCUGCUGCUACAGUAACUGCUGCUGAGGAUGAGGAUGAUGAUGACGGUUUGUUUUCUUUACCUGACUGCUAUGAAAACAUGUGUAUGCUUGGAAAUAGGCAACCAAGAGACCAAUACCGGUAUCCAAGGGGCUGGGGAAUAAGGAUUAAUGCCUUUCAGAAGGGCACUAGUGCAUCAACUUGCAAGGUUACUAACCCUACCUUCAAGUUAUGAGACCCCCACUCUACACUGAGCCUCCAGGUGCAGUGUCAUAGAACAAGACUAAUGUGUUUAAUGUAGAAUGGCCAUGGUGUGAGGGGGCUGCAAGAAUGGGACACUAUAUUAUCUCUAGAAUAUCCAGUACUGAGAGCAGCUCAUCAGCCUUCUAAAUUGCAUGCUGACAGGAUAUAUAUAUAUAUAUAUGUACAGUCAAACCUGCCAUAGUGACCAUCUGUCUACAAAGACCACCUGUCUACAAAGGCCACAUUUGUU